AUGGGUAUCUCCCGCGACUCCCGCCACAAGCGCUCGGCCACCGGUGCCAAGCGGGCCUUCUACCGCAAGAAGAGAGCUUUCGAGAAGGGUCGCCAGCCCUCCAACACCCGUAUCGGUACCAAGCGCAUCCACCUGGUCCGCACCCGUGGUGGUAACCAGAAGUUCCGUGCUCUGCGUCUGGAGUCCGGCAACUUCUCGUGGGGCUCCGAGGGCGUGGCCCGCAAGACCCGUGUGAUCGGCGUGUCCUUCCACCCGUCCAACAACGAGCUGGUCCGCACCAACACCCUGACCAAGUCGGCCGUCGUCCAGAUUGACGCCGCCCCCUUCCGCCAAUGGUACGAGGCCCACUACGGCCAGCCCAUUGGCCGCAGACGCCAGCAGAAGACCGAUGCCCCCGAGGAGAAGAAGAGCGCCUCGGUCGCCAAGAAGCAGGCUGCCCGCUUCGCCGAAAAUGGCAAGGUUGAGUCCGCCAUCGAGCGGCAGUUCGAGUCCGGUCGCCUGUUCGCCGUCGUGGCCUCGCGCCCCGGCCAGAGCGGCCGUGUCGACGGGUACAUCCUCGAGGGUGAGGAGCUGGCUUUCUACCAGCGUGCGAUCCGGAAGUAA